UAUUUUUUGAUAUUUUAUUAAGAUUGAAUUUCGUAUGGAAGAAAUAGACGAACGAAUUGCUAGAUUGGACGAAUAUAGAAGACGAAAUGAAGAAAUUGAAGAGAAAAUACUAGAAAAAGUUGAAAGAGUGAAGGCAAAACUAGAACAAAAUUUAAAGCGACGAAAAGCGAAUUUUCUGCUAUUUUUUAUUUUGGUUUCGGCAGUUUUAAUACAUCAUCUUUAUUUGUUGUUUAAAUAA